UUUUAAUAUUUGUUGUUUACGAUUCAAAGAAGGAAGAAGGAAGAAGGAAGAGAAGAAAAUAGGGUUGGGCUCAUAGCGAUUAGGGUUUACAUAGAGAAGAAGAAGAGGAAGAAGGAAGGCCAUAACUUUUUUUUAGAGAGAGGAAAGGAAGAUGGGAUGAUGAUUUGGGAUAGUUUGAAGGCGGUUUUUCUCUCUAAUUUGAGAUGUUGUUUGAGGGAAAGCCAUAACUAUACUGAUUUGUGAAGAGGCCCUAACUAUACUGAUUUGUGAAGAGGCCCUAACUAAUUUUUGGAGAGAGAAAUGCAAGAGGAUUUUUCAUUGUUUUUGGUGAAGCAGCAAGCAGAGCUAAAGGAUUAUACAAUUGCUUGCUCCAAGCAGGGAUGACGUCAGGAGGACGUGUGGGAGGUCCUCUACUUUCCAUAGGGGACUUGCUGAGUGAUCUCUCUCAACACCAUCAGGACGCCACCGCUCAUCCUGAUCUCUCCUCUAAACAACAACCACAAGUAGUAGACCAUCAUCAUCAUCGCCCCCUUCACCUUCAAUCCCUAUUUGAGGAAAAUUAUGAACAGCUGAAUGAGGCUUUGACAGGUACGGGCCACUCAUGGACUGCUCUAACCCUUAAGUUAUGUACAGCGGUAGAAACUGCAGAUAGGUUGGUUCAAUCAGCCAACUCAAAUGCUGGCCUGUUACUAGAGAAGGUUGAAGUGUUGGAGAGCAUCUUAAGGAGAGGUGAUUCUGCGAUUGCCAAAGCCAAGACUAUCAAGAUAAGAAAUAAUGUAUCGCCUUCCAAAGCUAGAGAAGCCUCCAUUUAGUGCUAAGCCACUACAAUUAGGUAGUUCCAUUCAUUUGUUCCUUGUAUUAUUCUCAUUUUGAGGAGAGCAUGUCAAGUUGAAAUGCAUGGGUCACUCCAGUGGAGGAUGUUCACUUGUUAUAUUGAGUGCUUUUUGUUGAAGGUUACUUAAACUAGGGACUGUCAUUAAUGUAUAGUUUGGAUCCUAGGGUAUCCAAAAUCAUGUUUUGUAUACCCAGGUAUAUUGUAUAAAAACAUGUUUGGCAACUUUUUUGGACACAUAAUCAUGUUUUCUGUAAGCAAGAAAACACAU